CUUUGGAUUCCUUGUAAGUAAGCUUAGUGAGCAGCGACGCGCUGACUCAAGUACUCAACCGAGAGAUUAGUAUCAAACGAGGCAAUUUGUGGUAGAUUCUGGUUGGCUAUAAAUGCAACGACAAAUGCUGAGAGCAGUCAAACAAUCAGCAACCGCAAUGUCUCCUGCAGCACGAGUAGCAACAACAACCAACCUCUUUUCCCCAAUCAAAGUCGGUAACAUGCUACUCAAUCAUCGAGUGGUAAUGGCACCUAUGACCAGACUUCGUACGACCAAAACCUCUGCUGUAUUGAAAGUCGUCAAGGAGUACUAUUCCCAACGCGCUAGUACACCUGGAACGUUCUUGAUAUCAGAGGGAACGGUGAUCUCACCACGAGCAACUGGGUUUCCUGGUGCUCCAGGCAUUUGGUCUGACGAGCAAAUUGCUGCGUGGAAAGAAGUAGUGGAUGCGGUACAUGCUAAAGGGAGUUAUAUAUAUCUCCAGAUUGCAGCAAUGGGACGGGCUGCACAACCAUCUGUUCUUCAGUCUUACGAUCCGACGUACGACGUCGUUAGUGCUGGAGACAUUCCUAUGACGGAGGGCGAGGUCCCACGACCAAUGACGGUAGAAGAGAUCCAAGCAUCUAUAAGAGACUUCGUACAGGCUGCUACCAAUGCUGUACAUAAGGCAGGAUUUGACGGAGUGGAAUUGCAUGGCGCAAACGGGUUCUUGAUUGAUCAAUUUAUCCAAGAUGUAUCGAACAACCGUACAGAUAAGUAUGGUGGGAGCAUAGAGAAUCGAGUAAGAUUUGCUCUGGAGGUUGUUUACGCGGUAGCGAAAGCGGUCGGAGACGAUAAGACUGCGAUUCGUUUGAGUCCAUGGAGUAAAGAACAAGAUAUGGGUAUGAAAGACCCCAUCCCGACAUUUACACACCUCAUUUCGCAGCUGAAAGAAAAACAGCCUAAUUUGGCGUACCUUCAUCUCAUCCAAUCGCGAGACCUCGACGAUCAGAAACAGUCCAAUGAGAUUUUCUUUGAUUUGUGGUCUCCUCAGCCAUUAGUCGUCGCUGACGGUAUCACGAGAGAGAAAGCUUUGAAAUUUGCGGAAAGAGAGGGUUUAUUGGUUGCCUUUGGGAGGCAGUUCAUUUCCAACCCAGAUCUCCCCUUAAGGUUGAAAGCAGAUAUUCCAUUGUCCGAGUAUGACAGGACUAGCUUCUAUGGAGGAGAUGAGAGUGGAAAGGGUUACAUUGAUUAUGCUUUUGCAUCAAAAUAGUGUUAUGUAAUGAUGC